GUCCUGGUGUCUGCAUGGUCACAUCCUGCCCUCCUUUAGGCUGCAAUCUGCUCCUAAAUGAGGGCUGAGGAUGCAAAGCUCUGGCAUUAGGGAGCUUGGUAUGAAAAAGACCUUGGAAAAAGAGAAAGGAAAGGGUUUUUGUGUGUGUUUUGCGUGUUUUUAUUUUCCUGCAGUCUGCGGGUUUGCAUUAUAGCUGGACAGAGAUGCUGGGGGAAAGUGGUGACACCCACAAGUUGUUCUUGCUGCUGAGUGCUCCCACCCAAAUAUUUCACGGCUCAGAGGCCACAGCCAUGGCCGAGUGCGACCCGCUGGAGAGCCUGCAGAAAGAAGCAUCUUGCUCCAUCUGCCUGGAUUAUUUCAGCGACCCCGUGUCCAUCAACUGCGGGCACAGCUUCUGCCGCGACUGCAUCACGCGAUGCUCGGGCAAAUCGGACCGGAGGUUCGCCUGCCCUCAGUGCCGUGGAAUCGCCCAGAAGAGAAAAUUUCGGCCAAACCGGGAACUGAGGAACCUGGCAGAGAUCGCCAAGAAGCUGAUCUCGAGGGUCGGGGACGCGGCCCGAGUGGGCGGCGUGUGCCCAAAGCACCAAGAGCCGCUCAAGCUCUUCUGCCAGGAGGACCAGACGGCCAUCUGCGUGGUCUGCGACCGGUCCCAGGCUCACCGCGCUCACACCGUGGCCCCCAUUGAAGAAGCUGCCCAGGAGUGCAAAGAACAUAUCCAAAGCAAACUGAAGAGCCUCAAGGAUGAGAGAGAGAGACUCCAAGGAUUAAAAGUGACAGGGGAGAAGAGAAGCCAGAAACAUCUGCAGCAGGCGAGAGCCGAGAGGUGGAAAAUCGUGUCGGUGUUCAAGCAGCUGCACCAGUUCCAGGACGAGCAGGAGCGGCUCCUCCUGAUGUGGCUGGAGGACACAGAGAAGGAGAUAGUGCAGACCCAGAGUGAGAAUGACAGGAGGAUCUCUGCCGAGAUCUCCCACCUGGGCAACCUCAUCCAGGAGCUGGAAGGGAUGAACCCCCAGCCGGAGAAUAAAUCCUUGCAGGAUGCCGGGAGUGCCUUGACCAGGUGUGACGCAAGGGCUUUCCAGCAUCUGACGGAGAAGUUUCCCCGAGUGGAAAGAAGCCUCAAGGAUUUAUCUCAGAAAAACAUCAUUCUGAAGGAAGCCCUGAGGAAAUUCAAAGAGAGUCUCCCGGUUGAACUGGAUGUGCAAUGGGCAAACGUGACUCUGGAUCCAGACACAGCAAACCCCCACCUUGUCCUCUCUGAGGACCGGAGGAGUGUGAGAUGGGACGAAACACCCCAGAAUUUGCCUGACAACCCACAGAGAUUUGACACCUACUGCUCGGUGCUGGGCCACGAAGGCUUCACAGCGGGGAGGCACUACUGGGAAGUGCAGCUGGGGAAUAGGGGAUUUUGGGCUGUGGGGGUGGCCAGACACUCGGCUUGGAGAAAGGGUUGGAUCAGCCUUGACCCUUCCCAGGGAAUUUGGGCUGUUGGCAUCUGUGGGGACAGGUUUCAAGCCUUCACCUCCUUUGAAACCGUUCAGCCUCUGAAUGGGAGGCCAAGGACUAUCCGGGUCUCUCUGGAUUACGACAAGGGACAUGUGGCUUUCUUCGACACUGAUAACGAGACCUUGGCUUUUGCUUUUACGCCGACUUCUUUCAACGGAGAGAAAAUCCUGCCUUUCUUCUGGGUUUGGGAGUCCAGGAUCCAGCUGGCUCCCUGAGACAGCAUGGACAGCAAGAUGGAAAUGUCGUGCUUUGGAGAAGGCUUUGCUUUGGUCUGGGAAACCACACUGUAUUUCAGAGCUCUGUGGCUGGUAGAGAAUAAAGUGAAGGGAACAAG